GAGAUUAUUCAGUAUUUUGUGAUUCUUUUGCCUUUCAUUACUUGUCUGUAAGUUGGCGUUCUGUCUGCUUAAGUCCACUUAAAACUGACAGUUCGAUCAAUUUCUGUCACAAUUAUUAUGUCAACAAUCCAUCAGAACCGUCGCAAUCACUGUAAUUAGCCGCAACAAAAAUGGAACGUCCACGAUGCCAACAAUUAAUUUAAGAAGCCAAUACUUAAGCGCUGUAAUUAAAAACGUUCGCACAUUUCUACAUAAAAGGCUCGGCUGCGGCAAAUCCUUUCUUAUUUUCCGUAAACUUGUCAACGUCAUGGUGCGUCUGUUUCAUCUGCAGGAGCUCUGUCUGCGUCUCAUGGGUCACAAUGCUGUCUCCAAGGAGGCGAGCGGCGAGGGUGGCCGCGGAGGACGUGGUGGACGACGCGUAUUGAGCUUUAAGCAUGUUGUCUCGCUGCUGCUGGUGGCGUCAGCCCAGUACCCCAUGGUAUCGUACACCAUCUACAAUCGCGAUGACAUGGAAUUGGUAACCGCGUGCCUGAGCGUCGUGUUCACCAACAUGUUGACUGUCAUCAAGAUAAUUACGUUUCUCGUCUACAAACAAGACUUUUGGCAAAUGAUGCAAAACUUUAGGGAAAUGUACAGUCAAUCGCAGAGCACGGAUAAUAAAUACGUGUCCAAGGCGAACAAACUGGCUUGCUGGCUGGGCCGCGCCUACUGCAUCUCCUGCUGUUUCACAGGUCUGUACUUUAUGUUGGACCCCAUCGUUAAAUUCAUGCUAGCCAAGCAUCGGGGAGUGGUGUACAUUCGUGAGCUACCUAUGCCUAUGAAAUUUCCCUUCAAUGACGCCACAAGCCCUGGCUACGAGGUGGCCUUUGCUUAUACGAUAUCUGUGACCAUUGUCGUCGUUUGCUACGCAUCGGCAGUCGAUGGGCUUUUUAUAUCCUUUGCCAUACAUUUGCGGGCCCAUUUUCAGGCACUUCAAUAUGCAAUACGCACCACCAGCUAUGGGAAUAAAGAUGGCAGAGACCUGCUGGGCCAGGAGCAGGAGCAGCAGCAGCAUCUACUAAUCGCAGUCGUUAACUAUCAUGUACUGCUGCUUAGCUUGGCAAACAAACUCUGCUUGAUAUACAUGCCCAUUGUCUUCGGCCAGUUUGUCAUUACUUCGCUCCAAGUUGGAGUCAUCAUCUACCAAAUAGUUACGCACAUGAGUUCGAUUAUGGCUCUAUUGGUAUAUUUAUCGUUUUUGGGCAGCAUCUUGCUGCAAUUGUUCAUUUAUUGCUACGGCGGCGAAAUCAUCAAAGUAGAGAGCGUCAUGGUCAGCGUAGCUGUGCAAUUAUCUGACUGGCAUCGAGCAGUGCCCAAACAGCGCCGUUCAUUGGCAUUGAUUAUGCUCCGGGCCCAACAUCAAGCGCUCAUCAAGGCGGGCUUCUAUGAGGCUUCUUUGGCUAAUUUUAUGGCUAUUUGCCGAGCCGCUUUGUCGUUCAUUACACUGAUACAAUCCAUCGAGUAG